GGGCGCCGUAGGGCUCAUGCGGAAGAUGGCGGCGUCCAGAGGCGGCUGAGGGGAUCCGGGGAGGCGUGAGAGGUUUCCGGACAGCCGGACAGCGCGGCUUGGUCUCGCGCCCCGCGUGCUCCCCAGCUCCCUGUGGAGAUGUGGAGGAGCUGCCUCCGGCUGCGGGACCGGGGGCGCCGCCUCCUGACUCGGCCCGUGGGGCCGGGGCCAGCCUUGGGGUCCCCGGCCCGGGCCUACGCGCCGCCGACAGAGAGGAAGAGGUUUUACCAGAACGUGAGCAUCAGCCAGGGCGAAGGUGGCUUUGAGAUAAACCUGGACCACAGGAAGCUGAAGACGCCCCAGGCCAAGCUCUUCACCGUGCCCAGCGAGGCCCUGGCCAUUGCCGUGGCCACCGAGUGGGAGUCCCAGCGGGACACCAUCAAGUCCUACACCAUGCACCUGACCACCCUGUGCAACACGUCCUUGGACAACCCGACCCAGCGGAGCAAGGACCAGCUGAUCCGAGCGGCCAUCAAGUUUCUGGACACUGACACCAUCUGCUACAGGGUGGAAGAGCCCGAGACCUUGGUGGAGCUCCAAAAGAAUGAAUGGGAUCCAGUCAUAGAGUGGGCUGAGAACAGGUACGGCGUGGAGAUCGGCUCCUCCACCAGCAUCAUGGGACCCAGCAUCCCCGCCAGGACUCACGAGGUGCUGGCCAGCCACCUGGCAUCCUACAACAUGUGGGCCCUCCAAGGGAUCGAGUUCGUGGUGACCCAGCUCAAGUCCAUGGUGCUGACCUUGGGCCUGACUGACCUGCACCUGACGGUGGAGCAGGCCGUGCUGCUGUCGCGCCUGGAGGAAGAGUACCAGAUCCAGAAAUGGGGCAACGUGGAAUGGGCCCACGACUACGAGCUGCAGGAGCUGCGGGCCCGCACGGCCGCCGGCACCCUCUUCAUCCACCUCUGCUCCGAGAGCUCCACAGUCAAGCACAAACUCCUGCAGGAGUGAGGCCGAGCGUCCGUGGGGUGGGGGGCAGGACAGAGGCUGCACGGCCACAGCACCCCCCAUUUCCUUCCAGCCCGGCCUGCACAGCGCUGUCUUGGCCAGCGUCCUCCCCGAGUCACCCCAGGACUGCAGCUGACUGACUCAGGGUGCCCCAGGCUGGCCAGCGGCAACGGAGCAGUGGGGCCGAGAGACCGGGCAAGAGACUUCCCCUCAACCCUAACUUUAUUAAAAUAGCCCUUGGCACUGGCAGUG